AUGCUAUUUUGCGCACACGAACAGGUGACACAUUUUCAGCAUGGAAAAGGCAAGGACGCCGGGCCGGGGGGGAUCUUUGCGACCCCAUUCCAACGAGGGCACCAGGGCAUGUCCAUGUUCGUUGUCUUAAAGGGCCAUAUUCAGCGGCAAAUGGGAUUCGGCGCCGCGGGCGACCGACCAACCACAGGCGACAAUUGCGACGAGAUUCCAACGCCAACGCUAGAAGCAGUGGCCGAACGAACGAACGAACCAACAGACUAA